AUGGCGACAGCGGAUAAGAAGAAGAACAUAAUCUUCUUUCACCCCGACCUGGGUAUUGGAGGAGCAGAAAGGCUUAUCAUUGAUGCUGCGGUGGGGCUGAAGAAUCGUGGCCAUAAGGUCAUUAUUUUCACCAGCCAUUGCGAUCCCAAACAUUGCUUCGACGAAGCCAGAGAUGGCACGCUCGACGUCCGAGUUCGUGGGAACUGGUUAAUUCCUCCAUCCCUCUUCUCUCGAUUCUCCAUCAUCUGCGCAAUAUUACGACAGUUCCAUCUUAUCCUCUGGACGUACUUUACAUCCGAAAUAACCUUAUUGAACCCUGAUGCUUUUGUUGUUGAUCAGCUAAGUGCUGGUUUACCAUGGCUAGCAUACUUUUAUCCUGAAACGAGAAUAUUGUUCUACUGUCAUUUCCCAGACUUGCUAUUGGCGCAAGGCAGAUCAGCUUGGUGGAAGCGCAUAUACAGGAUCCCUUUCGAUUUUAUCGAGCAAUGGAGUAUGAGUUUCGCAGAUUCGGUGGCGGUCAAUUCGGGAUUCACAAAGGGUAUCGUUGGACAGGUGUGGCCCGAACUAGCUACGAAGAAAGAUUUGCAGAUUGUUCAUCCUUGUGUGGAUGUCAGGCCGAAGAAGACGGAGAAUAUUGAUGAACCUGUGGCUACGUGGCGCAAUAAGAAGAUCCUGUUGAGUAUCAAUCGGUUUGAGAGGAAGAAGGAUAUUGGACUGGCGAUCAAUGCUUAUGCUGGUCUUGGAAAGAACGGCAGAGAAGGGUCGAGAUUGGUCUGUGCAGGUGGCUACGAUCAUCGUGUCCAGGAGAAUGUCCUCUACCAUAAGGAACUCGUCAGCCUUGCUGAGUCUCUGGGCCUGAAGACCGCAACGACAAAGACGAUCGUCACCGCAUUGAAUGUCCCAGAUGACAUAGAUGUGCUGUUCCUCCUCUCAGUACCCAACACUUUGAAAGAGAUGUUGCUUAAUUCGGCUUGUCUCCUUGUUUACACACCAUCCAACGAGCAUUUUGGAAUAGUGCCUCUUGAGGCAAUGUUGGCUGGUGUGCCGGUUUUGGCAGCAAAUUCAGGAGGCCCAUUAGAAACUGUCCUAGACGGCAAGACGGGAUGGCUAAUCGAUCCUACGCACCUCGAGCGCUGGACAGCAACUAUGGACAAAGUACUACACAAUAUGUCCGAUGCUGAUCUCAAGAAGAUGGGUGCAGCGGGUGCUCAAAGAGUAAAGAAGGAAUUCUCAGACACUAAGAUGGCAGAGAGACUCGAUUCCAUCAUCUCGGGGAUGGCUAGAUCUAAUCGACGGAGUGCUCAAGAGCUUUCGUCUUUCGUGAUGACCCUAGGGGUCAUCCUUCUCGAUAUCACCUACUACUACGCAUUGCAGAACAAGCAUAUCAAAAGAAAAUUGGGGAAGCUUCUGUUGCCACCUUUUGCACUCACGCAACAAACCAUGGUUCUUCUAAUAAGUAGACCGCCCGUAAGGGGGUCUACUAGACAGAUCUCUCUUCUUGUGAAAAAUCUGAGGCAAUUGCGUGAUCCUUCAAGGUGUUUUUCUAGGACUUUUUCGACUGAAAUGAGUACCUCUCCGAAGUACGAGGCUGUGGUUGUUGGGGCUGGGCCAGCAGGGGUGGCGGCUGUAGGGAAUCUAUUGGAACAGAAGAAAGAGCCGAUCCUGUGGGUUGAUGAUGUGAUGAAGGGUGGGAGACUGAAUAAGUAUUAUCGGGAGGUCCCCAGUAAUACGAGAGUCAAGAGGUUUAUGUCCUAUGCUGAGGGUGUGAAAGCUUUUCGAGACGUAGCGAAGGAAACGCCGAAGCCAAAUGCGUAUACUCAUCUGAAGGAUCUCGAUCAAGAGGCUACUUGCCAUAUUGCCGAAGCAGCGGAUCUAUGUAUUAUGCUUACUGAAGGGCUAGAUGAGUCGAAGGGGGUGCAUAAGCAUCUUGGCAAGGUAUCAAAUGCAUCGUGGUCAGAUUCUGGCAAAUGGAGCAUCAAAGUCAAAUCAUCAGCAGAAGCUCCCUCUACCGUCUCUAGUAAUAUGCUCGUCCUCUGUACCGGCUCCUCACCCACGACCGGACUGCUGCCCGUCUCCCAUCUUGAAGAAAUUGGACUCGACCCUGCCCUCAACCCACCUCUCCUCUCCAGAAUUCUGUCGAAAGACUCCCCUUUGACUAUUGCUGUCAUCGGUGCCUCUCACAGCGCAAUUCUCGUCCUUAGAAAUCUCUAUUACCUCGCUAGUUCCACCCACCCAUCUCUCCUCAUAAAAUGGUUCACUCGCCACCCUUUGCGCUACGCCGAAGAACGGGGGGACUGGAUCUAUCGUGACAAUACUGGACUCAAAGGCGACGUCGCAGUCUGGGCCCAGGAAAAUCUCGAGGAAGAUAGAUUACCGAGUUCAGACGUCAGUAAGUAUCUCGAGAAAGUCUCAACGACAAGAGAGCGAGAGCUGGAAGAUUACGUGGUGCAUUUGAAAGAUUGUACGCAUGUCGUGCAAGCAAUUGGCUUUCAUGCGGAUGAGAUCCCCAUUCUGGAUAGAGAGGGAGAAAAGCUGCAACUCAAAUUCAAUCAUCAAACUGGCGGGUUUGAAGAUCCUGAUGGGAAGCAGAUCAAAGGGUUGUAUGGUGCUGGGAUUGCGUUUCCGGAGCAAGUUACUGAUCCGGAGGGCAAUGUGGAUUAUGCUGUUGGAUUAGCAAAGUUUAUGAAGUUUCUGACGAGAGUGGUUCCGAAGUGGACUUCUUGA